AUGCAUUUUAUAUUAAACCAAAAACAGCAACAACAACAGCGUCAGAGGAAACAACAGCAAUUGUUGUAUUUGCAGCAACAACGUCAACAUCGACAGGUACAAGAUGUUGAGGAAAUAACGCAAGAAGAACAGCAACAACAACAGAAACAUUUAUUAAACGACAAUGUUAAUGACAACAAAGAAAUUAUAAAAAAGAAUCUGGACUCUUCUUUUGUUACCGUUACUUCACCAGUUGAUGUUAUAACACCCGAACCUAGUUCUACACAUGCCUAUAUACCCUUCGAUUUGGACUAUAAUGAUCCAACUGAGGAAAAAGCUCUAAAAGAAUCCACUGCUCGUCAAUCUACUAUCAAUGAGGUUUUGACGAAUCUCUUUCCCAAAGGAUUUUCUGAUAUAUUUAGAUUUAGCUAUGCUGGCGAACAGGAAACCCCUAGUACCACCAGCACCACUACUACUACUACCGCAGCACCCAUAAGAGUAGUGAAAUCUACACCAACACCCUUCAAACCCAUGCCCUCCACCAAAACCAAGAAAAAGGAAAAGGCUGAAUUACCGCGUAAUGGCACUUUUAUUACCGUAUCCACUUCGGUGACCAGAGAAAUACGCCGAGAAAUAAGUCCUGGUCAUACCGAAAUAGUAGUGGAAAAAAUUAUUACCGAUCCCGGUUCCCUAAGAUCAAGUGAAGAGUUUAGAGAUGGCAGUAAUUCCAUAAGUAAGGAUGAAUUAUUAAGAAUUAAUAGAGCAGCCAAAGAAGCUUCUGUUUUACCCAGUCUUUUAGUUAAUCCUCAAAGCAAUAACAGUAAUAAUCUAACAGAUUCCAAAGCUCUCACACCCAUUGUUAUACUAAAUGAAAACUAUAAUAAUGAUGAUUUUGUAGAUGCCCCAGAAGAUGAUAAUCAAAUAGCUGAAACCCAGGAUGUAAUACAUCAAGUUGUACAAGCUCCCCCGGCCGAAAGCACGAAUUAUCACGUUACGCCCAAUCAUCAGUACAAUGUGCGCAUUAUACAUGACAAUACUUUAAAGAAUGCUCAAGAUAAUGAGCUGUCGCAUCCCACUCUGAGAAAUUCUCCAUCCUAUCAAACAUUUGUGGAGCAAAGUAAACAUUUGCAAAACUCUUUAAAUGAAGCACCUUCAAGGACAUUUUUGAAAAAUUUUCAAAAUCCCAUACUAUCGCAAAAUGUUCAUUCGGCUGCGGUAAAUAAAGGCAGUUUUCAUUAUGAGCAGUCACCACCACAAUCUCAUAUUCAAACUGUGCUGCCGGCUGCACAAGUGCAGUAUGCUCAAUAUCAGCAGCAGCAGCCACAAGCAGAAGCUUUACAGCAGCCGCCAUCACAAGCCGUACAAUACCAGCAACAACAGCAGCUGCAUACUCAGAUAACUGCCAGCGAUAAAGAUAUUUAUCAAAUUGAUUCAGAUCAACAUCAAUUGGAACAUGCCACAGAAGCUAAUAUAGUUUUUGUCACCAUUAACACUCCUAUUGCCCACAACGUACAGCAGACACCCAAACUGGUGCAAACAUAUUCCCAAGAGCCACAAAUUAUACCACCACAGCCCAUGAAAUCUCCUCAUGAAUUUGUAGCCGAUGCCAUGGCCCACAAUAACCAUGAAGCUCAACAGUUGGUGGUGGAUCAUCAGGCUCAACAAACGGAAAAUAAUCCUAAACCCAGUAAUGCGGGCUAUACUUAUGUGGAAGUACAAAAGUCCAUUAAUAUACACAAUAAAUUGAUUACCGAGAAAGAUGGACGUUUGAUAGAACAACAUGAGACCAUUUAUCCGCCGGAACAGAAAUACACCCACCAUAUUGAGCAACAACAGGAGCCUGUACAACCACAACCUUCGCCGGAUUAUGUAUCGCUUUCACAAAAUCCUAUACAUGUGGAACAAGAGGAAGAACACUACGAGUCAGCUGCUUCGCUAAAAGAAGAACAACAUACUCUGAAUCCUGCUCAAGAUUUGUCCGAUUUUGGCACUAUACAGCAGUCAAAUCUUGUACAAGAAACUCAUAUUAUAGAGACAGCACAGCAAGAUCAACAUGUGCCAGCCGAACAGGUGCAGUAUGAACAACAACAACAACAUGCUCAAGAGCAAAAUAAUCACGAACAAUACAAUCAACAUUAUGCCCAAGAACAGCAAGUACAAUAUCAACAACCUGCAAAUGAUCAUCAUACGCAAUAUGAUCAAUAUCAUGUCCAUGAACAGCAAGUACAAUAUCAACAACAACCGGAUAAUCAUCACCACCAGCAAUUGCACUAUCAGCAACUUGAUAAUAAUCAUCAACAUCAAGAAGCUUAUGCAACGCAUGAACAAGAUCAUCAAGCAGAAGAGGCACAACAUCAUAUAGAAGACGAGGAGGAAGGUGAUCAUAAAAUAGUCGAAGAACAACAGCUUAACGAAGAAGUUCAAUCUCAGCCGGCAAACGUAGCUUAUGGACCCACGGUACAAAUACCUUAUGCUUUACCCGAAAGAGAGUCCUAUCACCAACCUCAAAUUAUAGAGAAACAUAUACCCGUACCUUAUGGUGUACCAGAACCGGUGGGCAUACCAGUACACAUAGAACAUUAUAUAGACCGUCCUUUUCCUGUAGAAACCAUAGUGGAGAAACCUGUUCCCUAUCCGGUCGAAAAGGUAGUGGAAAAGUUUGUGGAGAAACAUGUGCCCAUAGAAGUGGAAAAGAUAGUGGAGAAACCGGUGGAAGUAAUAGUCAAGAAAUAUAUAGAUCGUCCCGUGGCAAUACCCAUAAAAAUACCGGUAGCUUUACAUUUACCUGCCUCUCCCCAUGGACCUCCGUUUGGUCAUUAUCCUCCCACUUUUGCUGGCGUUAGUUUGGAUCAUGCCUCCACUUGGCCUCAAACAGUUAAUGGCGGUAGCUUUAGUCGUAUACCCCAAAGUGUGGUUAAGGCUUAUUAUGCCAAAAUGUUGAAAAAACUAGUGCCUCAAAUGCAACAGGCCUACAAGAAUACACAUGCCACCAAAGCUGUGCCGAAAAUUACACCCAAACCUUUUGCCAAGCAAACUUACAAAAUAUCCGAUAUGUUAUAUGAUCUCAAGCCACCACCACCACGUCCUAAGGGGGCCACCUCUAGUUGGGAUGUGGGGGCUCGUUAUCAAUAUGACUACAAUACUUUGCCCAUAGACUUGUCUGCUUCCUCAUCUAUUGCAGUAGGCAAACAUAUGGAAAGGCCAGGUCAGGGUUAUAAAACUAACUUUGAUGAAUUUCAAAGAUGGCGUAAUGGCCACAGCUUAAAGAGAUCACCAGAUUUUGGUAGAAAUUUACAUGUGGAAUAUGGUUUUAAGCCACCCCUAGUACCCUCUGUAGAAAUUGAUGAUAAGGGGGUGCCCUUAAAGGCGGUGGCAGAUUUGACUAAAGGAAAAGAGGAGUAGAGAGAGAGAACAA